AUAUCAUCUCAAUAUGAUCUAUCUUGUUCGAAGUAUUCAAUCUCAAAGGUCUUUUCAAAUUUCUACGCGUUAUAAUUUGUGGUCUGUAUAUGUGUUUUUGUUAUUUCAGACCUGAUCGAUAUACAAACGUGUACUUGUUAAGUAUGGCACUGUUUAUGCAUGUGGGAAAACCCAACAAGAAUGCUUUAAAAGUAUUGAUUGCUGCUGAAUAUGUUGGUGUUGAAGUUAAAUGCCCUGAUCAUUUUGAGUUGGGUGUGUCAAAUAAAACACCAGAGUUCCUUAAAAUGAAUCCAGUUGGUAAGGUUCCUGUUUUGGAGACUCCAGAUGGGGUUAUAUUCGAGAGUAAUGCCAUUGCUCGAUAUGGUGCACGCCUGAAUACUGACACACGUCUGUUUGGAUCUUCACGUAUUGAAUAUGGCCAAAUUGAACAGUGGAUUGAUUUCGCCUCAAUGGAGAUUGAUUUAAAUUUGUUGACAUGGUUGAGGCUGAGACUUGGCCUUGACGACUAUGUUGCUUCGAUUGAAGAGACUUCUAUUGCUGCUUUAAAGAGAGCUCUUGAUGCCCUAAACACAUAUCUUGCUGCACAUACUUUCUUGGUUGGUGAUGACGUAACCUUGGCCGACAUCAUCAUGACAUGCAAUUUGUACGCCGGCUUCAGAUUCAUGAUGACUAAAACCUUCACAUCCGAGUUUCCUCAUGUCGAAAGGUAUUUUUGGACCAUGAUCGAUCAACCGAACUUUAGAAAGAUAAUUGGCGAGUUGAAGCAGGCAGAAGUUGUUCCUCCAAUUCCUAACAAAAUAAAUUCUUAUACUAAGCCAAAGGAUGAGCCAAUAAUAGUAGAAACAAAAGAAGAUUCUUCUAAGCCUGAAGAAGAAAAGCCCAAGCCCAAAAACACACUUGAUUUGUUGCCACCAAGUAAGAUGAUUUUGGAUGAUUGGAAGAGGUUGUACUCUAACACCAAGACUAAUUUUCGUGAGGUUGCGAUUAAAGGUUUUUGGGAGAUGUUUGAUCUAGAGGGCUACUCUCUUUGGUUUUGUAACUAUAAAUACAAUGAUGAAAACACUGUCUCAUUUGUCACCAUGAACAAGGUUGGUGGUUUCCUCCAACGAAUGGAUUUAGCAAGAAAAUACGCGUUUGGAAAGAUGUUGAUUAUUGGAAACGAGCCCCCAUUCAAGGUUAAGGGCUUGUGGCUAUUCCGAGGUCCAGAUAUCCCAAAGUUUGUAAUGGAUGAAUGCUAUGACAUGGAGCUUUAUGAGUGGAGAAAAGUGGAUCCUUCGGAUGAAGUACAAAAGGAACGUGUGAAUCAGAUGUUUGAAGAUCAUGAGCCUUUUGAGGGUGAGACUCUUUUGGAUGCCAAGUGCUUUAAGUGAAGAAUAAAAUCAGCUUUACUUGUGAUCAUGUAAACUUGAAACAUAAUGGUUAUGAUGUCUUAAUGUAAACUUGAAACAUAAUCAGUUUUACAAGUGCGUUUUUAGGUAUUCGAAUGAGUUUUGGUCUUAAUGUAAACUUGAAACAUAAUGGUUAUGAUGUCUUUGUUAUAUAUAGUCUUUUGACAUAGCAAAGGCUAAGAGUUGUGGUUAAAAAUUAA